AUGGCUUCGCGGAGGCUCCUAUCCUCAUUACUCCGCUCCUCCGCCUCCCGUAGCUCUCUAUCGAGAGCUUUGAACUCGGCCCCCAAACCCAGGCAUCGGCCAUCUCCUGUGGGCCACUUCCUCCACCGUGUCGCCGAGUACGCCACCUCCGCUGCCGCGCCCUCUUCCCCGCCACCUCCGCCCAAAGCAACCAGUGGAGGUCCCAGUGGGAAGAUCACCGAUGAGUUUACAGGGAAAGGUGCGAUCGGAAAGGUCUGCCAGGUUAUCGGUGCUGUGGUUGAUGUGAGGUUCGAUGAUGGUUUGCCUCCGAUAUUGACGGCGUUGGAGGUCUUGGAUAAUCAGAUCAGGCUGGUUUUGGAGGUGGCCCAGCACUUGGGUGAGAGCGUGGUCAGGUGUAUUGCUAUGGAUGGUACUGAAGGGCUUGUUAGAGGCCAGCGCGUGCUCAAUACUGGUUCCCCCAUCACCGUACCUGUGGGUAGAGCAACUCUUGGCCGUAUCAUGAAUGUCAUUGGAGAGCCUAUUGAUGAGAGAGGCGAUAUUAAAACUGAUCACUACUUGCCAAUUCAUCGUGAAGCUCCAGCCUUUGUGGAGCAAGCAACUGAACAGCAAAUUCUUGACACUGGUAUCAAGGUUGUCGACCUUCUUGCACCAUACCAAAGAGGAGGAAAGAUUGGACUGUUUGGUGGUGCUGGUGUAGGAAAAACUGUACUUAUCAUGGAACUGAUUAACAAUGUUGCAAAAGCUCAUGGUGGUUUCUCUGUCUUUGCUGGUGUAGGAGAACGAACUCGAGAAGGUAAUGAUUUGUAUAGAGAAAUGAUUGAGAGUGGCGUCAUUAAGCUAGGUGAUAAGCAGGCUGAUAGCAAAUGUGCUCUAGUCUAUGGUCAAAUGAAUGAGCCCCCUGGUGCUCGAGCCCGUGUUGGACUUACUGGACUGACCGUGGCAGAACACUUCCGAGAUGCAGAAGGGCAAGAUGUGCUUCUCUUCAUUGACAAUAUUUUCCGAUUUACCCAGGCUAACUCAGAAGUGUCUGCUUUGCUUGGCCGUAUCCCAUCUGCUGUAGGUUAUCAACCUACUUUGGCUACAGAUCUUGGAGGCCUUCAAGAGCGUAUCACGACAACUAAGAAAGGUUCCAUUACCUCUGUCCAAGCCAUUUACGUGCCUGCUGAUGAUUUGACAGAUCCAGCCCCUGCAACCACCUUUGCUCACUUGGAUGCCACAACUGUGUUAUCACGACAGAUUUCUGAGCUUGGUAUAUAUCCUGCUGUUGAUCCACUUGACUCAACAUCUCGCAUGCUUUCCCCACAUAUCUUGGGAGAGGAACACUACAACACAGCCCGUGGGGUACAGAAAGUCCUCCAGAACUACAAGAAUCUUCAAGAUAUUAUUGCCAUUCUUGGAAUGGAUGAGCUUAGUGAAGACGACAAAUUGACUGUUGCACGUGCUCGUAAAAUUUCAAGGUUCUUGAGCCAGCCUUUCCAUGUCGCAGAAGUUUUCACAGGUGCCCCUGGCAAAUAUGUUGAGUUGAAGGAGAGCAUUAACAGCUUCCAGGGAGUCCUGGAUGGAAAGUAUGAUGACCUUUCAGAACAGUCAUUUUACAUGGUUGGAGGAAUCGAAGAGGUCAUUGCCAAGGCAGAGAAGAUUGCCAAGGAAUCUUCUGCAUAA